UCGCAUGGUAUCUAAUGCAGGAGCUCGCCACGGAUGUUUUGUGACGCAAUUAAAUGCAUGUCAAAAGAAUUCGUUAUGACGUCACACCGCGUAACCGCUACCGUGUCUGUGCGUGGCUUUCAGAAGUCUAUGAAUGAUUAAUAUCACCUCUGAACGCGGAUCGAGUUUAACCCACAUUAGCCACAACAAACGCAGACACGCACAAUAACAUUAUCAGGAUGAGUGACAGCAGUCAAUCAAAGAAGUCGGACAGCGGGAGUCAGGUGAGCAGAGUAUCUUGCCCACAGGUUCCUCCACUUUGUGCACCACAUUACUCUCAAACAAGCUCAAAUGGCACAGAUCAACACACAUCCUAUCGUAUGAUGAGCCACUACCUGCGUGCCAAUAUCUUCCCCGGGCCUGCAGUGGAGUGGUCCUCUCUGGUUAAGGACUCGUAUGUCCAUCAUCCUCUACCAGCCUUCAUCCAAGAUCCAGACCAUUGGCACGGUCACAAAACCGAUGACUUGGUGAAAUGGACCGAGCAGAACUUUCUCGACAAAAGACUGCAUAAGCUGCUGAAGGAAGUGGAGGUCAAGGGUGUGUCCAAAUAAGCCUGACAUUUGGAGUGCAUUUGAAAACCGCAGCAAAUAAACAAUCACACCUUCAGAAGUGUUUUCUUUACACCCGCAGAGAGACACGCUCGGCUUUUACGUAUUAGUACACACACAUGUGAGGAUCAAUAUUCACACGUGCACCUCCUACUCAUCACAACUGCUACACUUUUUUUCAUCUGCAAUAUCUCACUUGCAGAUGCAGUCAUUGUAAUUUGCAUUGGCAGAUGCUUUAAUCCAAAGCCAUUUACAUUGCAUAACACUGCAUACAUUUUUUUAUCAAUAUGGGUGUUCACUUGGUUCCAACCCAUGACUUUUUCACUAUGUGUGUUCUCUGGGAUCGAACCCAUGCACUUUUGAGCUGCGAAUGAAAUGCUUUACCACUGAGCUAUACGGGAGCACAUUUUAAUGAGACAUUGACCUUUUUGUUUCCAGAGGACUGGGUGAAAAAGCAAAUGUUUUAUACAAGUAAAAGCAAAGGGUAUCAUUUACAUUUAAAUGUACAUUAAGGGUUAAUUUCCAGUUUACCAGUGGCUUUAUUUUGAUGGAUUUUACCCUAUAAUGUCCAAAUUAUAGCCAUAUUUUAGUGAUAAUUUUAGAAUAUUAUUAGAUAUUAUUGAACUUUUGCUGUAUAAAAAUGCUAUAAAAAGGAUUUCACUAUGAGCAAUACAAUAAACUAGAUGCAAUUUUGGACCAAUGUUUGUGUGGCUUUUACCCACUUAAUGUUUUUGUAUAUAAAAAUAGAUCGUAUUUGUCAGAUAGAGACAUUUUGGCUAUGUGUUGUGGGGAAUUUUUCUGCGAUUGAUGCCUUUUGCUGUAAGAUGUGGUAUUGACAUAACGUAAAUUUGACAGCCUCAUUUUACGCGGUUUGAUCUUGAAAACCACUGAAACUUUUUUUUCCCUCUCCGGUUCUUUUUAUCUGAGUUUCCUGAAAAUCCGGUGCAAAAUCACAAUUACAGGCAAGAAUUACGCAAUCGAACUAGCAAAAAACAUUAAAUGUCAAAAGUGUUUUAUGAAGGGAUGUCUUUUUUAAAUCUGUAUAUUUUGGGCAUUAUUUUGGUAAUUUAGGGAUUCAUUUUUGAUUAUUUUUCGAGCAAACCUACAAAUUUGUGUUUGCUCUUUUUGUAAAUACCACACUGCUAUCGAUUUCGGGGAAAAAUUUCACUCUCGCCACAGCUAAGUUUUUGAACCGCAGGUUGUUUAUACUGAUGUUACUGUGGUUUUGUAACUCAGAAUCCAGGGUUGUUUUACGUGUUUGUGGCACAUAGCAAGAACACACAUGACCAGACUUAGUUUACAUGUUUUAAAAAAACAUGUUUAAAACACCAGCGCUUGUUGUGCUUUGGGGUGAAUUUUGUGGUUUUGUACCUUAGAAAAGGUCACUGCUCCAUUGCAUCAUAUUUUCCUGUAUUUAUUGUCUUUCGGCAAAUGAAACACCUGCAUAAUAUACAGUACAGAACCUUUUAAACCUUCAGGUUGUGUAUUUCAAUACAAUGCAGUGGGAUAUGGUUUAAACUAAUAAAUAUAUAUUUAUAUAUAUUUUCUCAUGUAAAAGGUUUAAACCUUAAAUAGCAAUAAAUCAAGUUAAGUAUAGUCAAGAAUAUGUGACUCAAGACCACAAAACCUGUCAUAAGGGUCAAUUUUUUAAAACUGAGAUUUAUCUGAAAUCUGGAUAAAAAAAUCUAAAUAUUGAGAAAAUUGCCUUUAAAGUUCUUCAAAUGAUGUCCAUAACAACACAUAUUACUAAUGAUAAAUAUAUAUUUGAUUUAUUUUCAGUAUUAAAUUUACAAAAUAUCUUCAUGGAACAUCAUGGAUUUUUAGUUAAUAUCCUAUGAUAUUUUAUAAUUUUGCCCAUGCAAUGUAUUGUUGGCUAUUGCUACAAAUAUACCAGUGCUACUUAUGACUGGUUUUGUGUUUCAGAGUCACAUAUUAAUGUUUUCAUGUUUUUUUCAGUAGUUUGUAAUAUUAAAUUAUUUUAUUUCAGUG